CAAAACACAGCGCUGGGUCCAGAGAGUUCGCUGGGAACCAGAAUAUUGUACUUACUUAAUUGACACAUCACAAUUGACAGCAGUGAUGUCAGGGGACAAGUACUCCAUCUUGCUGCCGACUUAUAAUGAGCGGGAGAACCUGCCUAUCAUUACCUGGCUUCUGGUGAAACAUCUCGAUGCUGCUGACAUUGACUUCGAGAUCAUCGUCAUCGAUGAUGGAAGCCCAGAUGGUACACUAGAAGUGGCCAAGCAGCUCCAGAAGAUUUAUGGUGAGAAGAGGAUCGUUCUCCGGCCUCGUGAGAAAAAACUUGGUCUCGGGACGGCUUACAUCCAUGGCAUCAAACACGCCACAGGGAACCAUGUCAUCAUUAUGGACGCCGACCUGUCACAUCAUCCAAAAUUCAUUCCAGAAUUCAUAAAAAAACAGCAGGAAUCAGAUCUUGAUAUAGUAACAGGUACACGCUAUGUAGGAACGGGUGGUGUAUAUGGCUGGGACUUCCGACGGAAACUCGUGAGUCGCGGGGCAAACUUUCUUACACAGAUCCUUCUGCGACCCGGCUGUUCCGACCUUACCGGAAGUUUCCGAUUGUACAAGAAACCAGUGCUUGAAAAACUCGUAAAAUCAUGCGUUUCUAAGGGUUACGUGUUCCAGAUGGAAAUGAUUGUUCGAGCUCGACAGUUUGGCUACUCGCUAGGGGAAGUUCCGAUCUCGUUUGUGGACCGAGUGUAUGGGGAAUCGAAACUUGGCGGCAGUGAGAUUGUACAGUUUGCUAAGGGACUGCUGUAUCUAUUUGCAACUACUUGAUUCCAAGAAUUAUUUGUGUUUUUUUUUGUAUAUAUAUAGGUGUAGAAUAUCAAUACUGCAUAAGUGAUUAUAUGUUGAAUACAGAAUUUUUUAAACAAAUUUGUUUGAUAGGGUAAGGGUAAAGAUUUUAAACAAGUCUUGGCGCACAUUUUUUAUAAUUCCAUUUGUUUUUAAAGUCAUAUCAAAAGCUAUCACCCUAGUUAUGUAUAAAAGACAUAUAUAAUGAUGUAACCUUUUUUAUGAUACAGUGAAAUUGUAUUAAGGGACAAAAGUGCCAUAAAAAAACAAAUAUUCUACGCACAACAAAUUUCCAUGAUAACAAAUAUGACCGAUGAAAACUAUAAAGAAAUUUAUCAUCAUAUAUAUUACUUGUAUAUGCACACAUCUAGACAAUUAACUAAACCCUGUAUGUUAUAUUGUUCUGACCUUAAAUCGCUGUUAUCUUAAUUAUCUAGGUCUUGAAUUUAAUAUGUUCUUGAUUUUAAUUUAGAUUUUUUUCAUCUUCUAGGAUGGAAGCCGUCAUGUCAGCUAACUUUAUGAAACUGUCUUGUUUUGUAUCUUUGUUGCAGGAUUAGAAUUUAGCUAUAUUAUGCACUCAAAUAUUUUUACGAGUGGAUUUUGUGCUCACUCACAAAUGUACUAAACACAUAUUUUACAAGUAUGCAAGUCCCAUUCCGAACCCUGCCUGUUGCAUUGCUUUGCAUACACUGCAGGUGGGAACCAGAUCAUGAAUGUUAUAACUAGCUAUGACAUGGCUUCAUUGUUCACUGCUUGGAUAAGUCUGUAAUCUGACUGGAAUAAGUCAAUAGUUCCAUAUACAAUAUUGGCCAGGAUUUAUUAAUGACUUUGGAUCCUUUCAUUUAUUUGAUGCUAAUAUCAGGUGAUUGAAAAAUUAAACUUUCAAUUGAAAACCUAGAGUGGCCGGCCAUUCGUCUGUUUUGUACAUUUGACUUGCUUUGGAAACAUGUUAAAUACAUGUAUAUGAGGAGUCAAUCUUUAGAUUUUUCAUAAAUUGUUGAAUAAAGAACAGAAUUUGGAUGUUUUGAAAUACAUGGUUGUUGUUUUUCUCGUUCAAGUCAAAUAUUGAAAUUGGUUUUGAUUUAUUCUUUUAGCUGAUGCAAACAAAUUUCUUCUUCCAUUGUGAAUGUUUUUGUUUUUAUUUUCCAUGAUAUACGUCACAAAAGUACUUAAUGUUUAUAUUUAAUGAAAAUAAUGACAAAUGAUAGUCCAAUGUUUUAUUAUGUUAGCCAAGUAUGUUUUUAGUAAGUAACAUCUAGGUGUCAUCACAGUCAUUGUUAUCUCUUUGCAUAAGUUUAUAUAUUACAUGAUAGAUGAAUUAUCUAUGUACAGUAUGUCCCGCCAAAAUAAUAAACUGAUUGAAUAAACUUGGUACAAGA